AGCCAGACCCGGGAGGUGCAGAAGGUGCGAACAGCCGGGGGCUCGGAGUCCAGCCCAGGGCCCCACCCAGGCUGCGGUUGCGCGGGGAGGAAGCGCGUAUAAGUUGAGUGCAAAGUUUCCUUUUUGCUUUUCUCGUCAGAACCACCUCAACAGGCGGUGGGCAGGAAUGCCUAACCUGAGUUUGUAGAGGGUCCGGAGCCACAAGGGUUAAAACGACACCCCCACUUCCCUAAAACGCACAUUCAGCUAGCCCGCCAUGGGCAGCCGCGACCACUUGUUCAAAGUGCUGGUGGUGGGGGACGCCGCAGUGGGCAAGACGUCGCUGGUCCAGAGAUAUUCACAGGACAGCUUCAGCAAACACUACAAGUCCACCGUGGGAGGACAGGAGCGCUUCACCUCUAUGACCCGACUAUACUAUCGGGAUGCCUCUGCUUGUGUUAUUAUGUUUGAUGUUACCAAUGCCACUACAUUUAGCAACAGCCAGAGAUGGAAACAGGACCUGGACAGCAAGCUCACAUUGCCAAAUGGAGAGCCUGUGCCUUGCCUGCUCUUGGCCAACAAGUGUGAUCUGUCCCCUUGGGCAGUGAACCGGGACCAGAUUGACCGGUUCAGUAAAGAGAACGGUUUCACGGGUUGGACAGAAACAUCAGUCAAGGAGAACAAAAAUAUUAAUGAGGCCAUGAGAGUCCUCGUUGAAAAGAUGAUGAGCAAUUCCAGAGAAGAUGCUGUAUCUUUGUCCACUAAAGGAGACUAUAUCAAUCUACAAACUAAGUCCUCCUCCAGCUGGGGCUGCUGCUAG